UACCUGCCUCGCUUCAAAGGAGAAUCUGAAAAGAGAAAGUGCUUUUUUUUUUUUGGCGGACAGAGCGAGUGCUUAUCAAAAGAGGGAGAGAGAGCUCCCCAUCUCCGCAUGCCUCAGAAACUUAUUUUUCUAAUAUAAUGGAGGCAAAUAACGAAGAAGCCGAAGCCCCCCUUCGCCAUCCCUCCAAUGUUGCAGCGCCAAGACCGAGACGACCCACCCCCGACCAUCCUCCCUACGCCGAGAUGGUUCGGGUGGCGCUGCGAGAGCUGGCGGAGGAGGGCGGCUCCUCGGAGGCCUCCAUCUCCCGCUACAUCCAGUCCAGCUACACUCAGCUCCCUCCCGGCCACUCCAGGCUCCUCCCUUACUACCUCGGCAAGUUCGUCGCCGCCGGCGACGUCUCCAUGCCUUCUCCCAAUCGCUUUGCCCUCCCCCCAAUUCCUCCUUCCCCUCCUCUCUUCCUGCCUCGCCACUAUCCCAUUCCAACCCCCAAUCAUCAUCCUAAUAACCCUAACCCUCGUCGAUCGUCCUUUCGGCAAAAACCCGCCGGUCCUCAAAUUCCGCGCCGCCGUGGGAGGCCACCUAAGAGGAAAAAGGCCGCCGCCCCCUCUGGCUCCGCCGCCGGAUGCCUUAUGCUUCCUCCUUGGCCAACAACAAGCCCAUGUCAUGUAACGGAUUCGAGCGCAUCGCCGCCGCCGCGCCGGGGAAGGGGCAGGCCGCGUAAGAACCCUGAGACGAAGGCUCCGACUCCCGCUGUGCCGGCGACUGUUGGUGAGCCGGUUCCGAGGCCGCGGCUGAUCAUUCGGCUACGAAGCAAACCUUCCAACCCCAUGCCUGAUACUGCUGCUGCUGCUGCUGCUUCCGAGAUGACGACGGUGAUGCAGUCGGAGCUUUCCGAGCCCGAUGUCGAAAUGCUGCAUAUGGAUCAAAUGCAGCCAGAGCCAGAGGGUGGUUUGUUGCUGCUACAGCCUGAGUCUGAAUUUUUGCUGCCAGCUCAGGAGCCACCUGAGAACAAUGAAGAUCAAUCACUGCCAACUUCAGCAAAGCCCGAGACCAGGAAAGAUCGAUCGGUGCCAGCGACAAUUAGGCUCAAAUCCAUAGAGGAGUCAUCGCCGCCGGCCGUUCAGGCUAAUGCGGAGUCACUGUUUCCGGCCAGUGUGCACCUGGAGCCAGAGCCUAGUGAGGAACCAUUGGCAUCUGCCCAACUGCAUAUUGAAGCGAAAGAACUAAACGAAUCAAUGUUGCCCCAGGUUUCAGCGUAUUCCGAACCUUGCAAGGAAUUGCUGGUUUUGGACCCAAUGCGGGCCGAGCUAGAGGAAGAGUUGUUGCGGCUCCUCCCGCUGCAAUCUGAGACUGAAUUAGAGUUGUGGCCGCCGCCAGGCCCUGCACAGUCUGCGCUUCAUGAAGAACCAAUGCUGUCAAUCUCUGCACAGCCUGAGACUGAAGAGCAACUGGCACUGCCAGCCCCAUGGAGGAUGGAGCUUAUGGAAAUCUCAUCACAUCUAGCACCAGAGCAACCUGAGUCUAUUGAGGAGACAUUACUGCAGCCGGAGCUAGAUGAGGAAUAUUUGCCACCUGCCCUACUUCUGCCCGAGCCCAAAGAAGAGCCGUUGCUGCUACCUUCCAUUCGGAUAGAGCCCAGAGAAGAGCUUUUGUCAUUGGCCUCCAUAGAGCCUGAGGUUAAAGAAGGGUCAUCCCCUCCGGCUCCAUUCCCUGCUGCGGAGAAGAGCGAGAAGAGCGGGCAUUCUAGUAAGCACAGAAGAACUCAUGCUAAACAUAGGAGACUCUGGUUUGAAUGUUGAGAAGGAGAAUGGCCUUCUUUUCCCUCUUCUUCUCUGUCUUGUGCUGUUUAUGAAUUUGCUUAACUAUCUGCUUCUGUUAAGUUUAUAUGAAACUGCUGACAUUGCCUCUGCUUCUCUA